AUGGAUUACAAUUCGAUCUCCGAUUUCCAUGAGGACAUUCAAUAUGUGAUGAAGGGUGACAUUGUGUGCCUUUCAUGCAUCGCAUCACAUAAUCGCGAUGGUGUUCUCGGUUCCGAACGUGUUUGCCUUUGCACUGAAGGCUUCGGUAACCGUAUGUGUACGCUGGAAAAUGUAUCCGAUAGGGAUAUUCCACCCGAUAUAGCUAUAUGUAUGCUUUACAUAGACAAUGCACUAUCGAUGAGAGCAUUGCAGGAGAUGAUGUCAGCUGAUUCGGAACAUAAAUCUGCUUCUGGUGCUGGUGGGCAUAAAACGCUGCUUUAUGGCCACGCUGUUCAGCUGAAACAUGUGCAGAGUGAGAUGUACCUGGCAUGCCUCUCAUCGUGUUCUUCCAACGACAAAUUGGCGUUCGACGUUGGUGUACAGGAAACGAAUGAAGGUGAGGCAUGCUGGUGGACGAUACAUCCUGCCUCAAAACAGCGCUCUGAAGGUGAAAAAGUUCGUGUCGGUGAUGAUGUGAUCCUCGUCAGCGUCGCAACCGAACGCUAUCUGCAUAUGGCCUUCAGUAAAGGCUACAUGGUGAUAGCGUCAUUCCAUCAAACACUUUGGAACAUUCAAAGUGUAAGCUCGGGUAGUGUACGCACAAGAAACAUGGGCUACGUAUUUGGUAACGAUGUGAUGCGACUGUUUCACGGUAAUGACGAAUGCUUAACGAUCCCUGAAAACUGGAGUGAACAUCCACAGCACAACAUGGUUAUAUAUGAAGGUGGUCAAGCAGUCAAUCAGGCUCGAUCUUUGUGGCGAAUCGAACUGAUCCGAAUGAAAUGGCAUGGAGCAUUGAUUGGUUGGGAACAGCUAUUUCGAAUCAAACAUAUCACUAGCGGAAGAUAUCUCGGAGUAUUGGAGAAUGCCGUUCAGCUCUAUCACAAGGAUAAGGCCGAUUUCGAUCUGACGGCAUUCGUAAUGUGCCAGAAUAAGGACCCCAAAAAGCAGAUGCUUGACGAAAAGGAAGAAGAGGGUAUGGGAGCGGCUACAAUACAGUAUGGCGAAACCAAUGCAUUCAUUCAACACGUGAAGACACAGCUAUGGAUGUCCUAUCAAACGUCCGAGAUUACCAAGAAGGGCCUUGGAAAGGUAAGAAUCCACAAUUUACAGAGAACUUAA